AUGCUGAUUAUUACCGCGCUGAUCGUAUGGUCAGCUGCAUGCGCGGCAUCCGUGAUGCCUGUGCAUGCCAUCCGCAGUGCACACAAGUCCACUACAUGGAAUGUGACGAACACUCUCAUCUCGGGCUCCAGCGUGAGCAUGGAUUCGAAUUACUACAGCUCCGAGGAGAGAGGUGGUCCACCGGCGGAUAUCGUAACUAUACUAAAGAAUUUCCACGCACCCACGCAGCCGUCUGCUACGAUUGAAACCAUGAGUGAGGAAUUUGCUCGUGUAACCCAAAACGGCGAGAAUUUUCUUCGUGACUGGAAAAAGUCUGUUAAGUCACAAGACCCAAAGCUCCAGAAAGAAGCUGUAAAUGAGGUGAUGUUCAAAACAUUAGCAGGUCAUUUUCAGGGUGAUGCUCUCAGCUGUUUUCUCGUUGCGGGUACAAAGAUUGACACAACGAGGGACAUUGCUCUCGAACUGCUAGACCUCCAGGUCCAUAAGUGGGUAAGCGACGGGCGAAAUGAGGAAGAGGUGUAUAAGCUUUUGGAGCUUGACCAGCCGAAAAGCAAUCCUUUCGAAAGCCCAGUGUUUCUUAAGUGGAUUAAGUUUGUAAGUGAAAUAUACACGACUCCAAAACGCAAGACGUAUAAAGUCUUGGCCAAACAGUUUAAGGGCGAUGAACUAGCUAAAGUUCUGGUUGAGGGAACAAAAACGGGUUUUGGUAAAUCGAAAAACCGCGCUAGAAAGUUGCUAGACCUCCAGGUGGAUAAGUGGAAAAGUGACAAGCGAAAUGAGGAAGAUGUGUUCAAGCUGUUGCAACUCGACAAGACGGAUGGUAAACCUCUAAAAAGCCCGAUCUUUCACAAGUGGGCCAACUUUAUCUGGCAGCGAUACCCUGAUGAUGAACCGGAUAAGAUGAUUCUCGACAAACUAUCAUCUUUUUACAAGAGUAAGAAUGCUCUAGUGGGUGCUCUAGAGGAGGAAGAUCGUGCAACAUUAAAAAAAGCUUUUAAGGUAUCAGCUAUUCGAAAGAUACUAAACUACUAG